GACUGAACGGCACCACCCAAACAUGUGAAGUGGUCUGUUUCUGGUUUUCAAAAAUCACAAAGUUUUUUUUUUGCAUUUUAAAUAGUCACUUCAUUGCACAUCACUGUGCACUUACAGUACAGAUCGGGUCCGUAUUGGACUUUUUUCAUUAUUAGGAAUGGCAUCGAAAGCCCUGUAUUCACAAAGGGACCCAGCUUUAAAGAAGAGGGAUGACUUUGAGGAUAUCCUGGACGAGAGGCGAAACUCCAGUGACUUAAGAUAUGCACUGAAAUGUUACACACCAGUUCUCUACAAGGGCAUGACUCCCUGCAAAGCAAGCACUCUCAAGACCAUCGUUCUUCAGUCUGAACAACUCCGCUAUGUUAUUAAUCAGGUGUCGAAGGAAACGGGGGAGGCCGCGGACAUCGUCCAGGAUGAGGCGGUGGCCAUCCUGGACGAGAUGGCCCACCGGCUCCAGCUCAGCACCGUCCGCUUCUUCGCCUUCGCCCUCUGUAAAGCCUUCAAGACCCUCUUCCGGAGCGUCCGCGUCAAUGAGGAGGGAAUCCAGAGACUGCAGCAGGCCAUUCAGGAACACCCGGUGGUGCUGUUGCCUAGUCACCGCAGUUACAUCGACUUCCUCAUGAUGUCAUACGUCCUCUACACCUAUGACCUGUCCCUGCCGGUCAUCGCUGCAGGAAUGGACUUCCUUGGCAUGAAGGUUAUUGGUGAGAUGUUGCGAAUGUCUGGCGCCUUUUUCAUCCGAAGGUCAUUUGGCGGGGACAAACUGUACUGGGCCGUUUUCUCAGAAUAUGUCAAGACAAUGCUGAGGAAUGGAUAUGCCCCAAUUGAGUUUUUCUUAGAAGGGACAAGAAGCCGGACGUGCAAGUCACUGACCCCUAAAUUGGGCCUGUUGAAUAUCGUGAUGGAGCCCUUCUUUAAAGGCGAGGUGUUUGACGUCAGCUUGGUGCCCAUCAGCAUCAGCUACGAGAGGGUUCUGGAAGAGACCCUUUACGCCCGCGAGCUGCUCGGGGUCCCCAAACCCAAGGAGUCCACCUCGGGGCUGCUGAAGGCUCGGCGGAUUCUCAGCGAAGACUACGGCAGCAUACACGUCUACUUCGGGCAGCCCGUGUCCGUCCGCAGCCUGGCCCAGGACAGGAUCAACCGCUCCCAGUACAACCUGAUUCCCAGGCACAUUCCCCGGAAGUCCGACAAGGACACGCAGUGCUUCGUGAACGACGCGGCCUACGCGCUGGUGCGCCGGCAGGAGGAGAACAUGGUGCUGCGGCCCUGGGUCCUGAUGGCCGCCGUCCUCAUGCAGAACCCGGACGGGAUGGACCUGGCGCUGCUGGCCGAGCGGACGGCCUGGCUGAGGGGCCUGGCCCGGGCGUGCGGGGCCUUCCUGGACUGGCCCGACCAAGUGCCCGUCGGUAAGGUGGUGUCCUCCAGCCUGGCGCUCCACCACGGCCUGGUGCGGGUGACGGGGGGGCGUGUGCGGCUGGCGGAGGGGGCGGCGGAGGGGGCCCAGGAGCCGGCCAGCCCCGAGGAGGCGCUGUUCAACCGGGCCGUGGGCGCGCUCUCCUGCGCCUCCUACAGGAACCAGGUCCUCCACGUCUUCCUCAGGCCCGCCUUGGCGGCGGUCGCCCUGGAGACCGCCGCCACCCCCAGGAACGAUGACGUCUACAGUUCCUUCCUGUACCUCCGGAAUGUUUUUUUAAACGAGUUCAUUCUCUGCCCAGGAGCCGCCGUACAGGACUUUGAGGAGGGCUGUUACCUGCUGCUCAAGUGCGGCGCGGUCCAGAUGCUGAAGCAGGACAUCGCGGUGACGGAACGAGGCCAGCCCAUCCUCUCCUUCCUCAGCGGCAUGCUGGAGCCCUUCCUGCAAGGGUACCAGGUGGUGUGCCGAUACUUCUGCGAGGAGGCCAGCGAGGGCCUCACGGAGAAACAGUACAUCCCCGCCGUCCGCAGCUUCGCCGUCAAACACAUCCUGUCAGAUGGCCUGAAGUGCUACGAAGCUCUUUCGUCCGACUUGCAGAAGAACGCCCUCGCCGCCUUGCUGAGGAUGAACGCCCUAAGAAAGGUUAAAGCGGCUGAUCAAGUUACUCUCAAAGUAAACAAGAUGGCCGUGAAGACAGUAGAAGACACGCUAGGGGGAAAGGUUCCCGCUCAGAAACCCGUCCUUGCCCGACUGUAACUGUCUCUGGGGUCUGGGGUCGAUGCGAGCUCUGGAGAAUAAACUAUGCCUUCAUUAUCACAAUGCCAAAUUUUCCGAGACUACACAAGGUUACUGCGGAGGCUGUUCAUCAUCUUAAUUUCUUUUUAAGAGACUCCUCACUGCCAUCUGGGACUCCCCUUCAUAUACAAAAAGCUGUUCUAGAUUUUCAUAGGACUAAUACCACUUAAGCACGGUUUUGAAGGUCUGCUUGUUGACUGUGUGAGCUGCAUGUCUUUUGGAUGUAGUGUAACUCAUCCUGGUUUUGCCAAGCCUGUUUUAAUAGUGAGGACAUUUUGAUAGCCUUCGCAAGUCAUGAUCUGACUCAAAACUGUUCACUUUUUGAAUGUUUUGUAAUUGAGGAAACAUAAAUAAUGAGGUCACAGUUCAAAUUGUUUUUAUUUAUUGCAACGUGAGAAUGAAGAAUAUAGAUAUGAACACGUGUUUUCUAUAUAUAUAUAUAUCUUUUGUUCUCACAUUGUAUUGUUUUUUGUUACUGGUUUGCUGCAUAUUGUAUUUAUUUGAAAUGUUUACUCGGCCAUUUGUUACUCUGCCGUUUGGAUUGCUCCCUUUUGCGUGUCGAGGGAAAACGUGUGUUUGCUAACAAACUAAUGGGCGAUGUGUUUAACCGAAACGCGUGAAUUCCAGUGCGGCAUGGGCGAAACCGUGACCGAUCGCAUUAAAAGAACCAGCCGCAACUUCGGCGAUAACGCCCGAGAAAAUGCAGCCCUUCUGCGAACGAGGGCGAAGGGGGUUGCGUUUGCGUAAUGAUUCCGUCUUGUGCGACGAACGCAGCAACCGAACGAAAUCCAGGAGAGGCGUCGCCAGGCUCGACGCUGAAGUGUCUCCUCGCGUGUGGCUUCACGGGCUCGCUGUGGUUCCUUAUGCAUCGUGCUAUAACGGCACUCCGGGUGAGGUAAACUCCCCCACAAAUGUCACGUCAAGUACUUCGGUUCCAAUGGCUGUGGGCGACUCCCUGUUCACUCAAUUCAGCUGCCGAAAACUCGAUUUUUAUCGAUGUUGUGACAUCCUAAGAACCGUAUCGCCGUGCUGCAAUUGAUUUAUUUAUGUCUGAAGUGCAAUUUUGAAAAAAAAAAAAAAAGCAUGGAGACAGAGGUAUUCGAUGCCUCUGAGGCCGGUAUGAAUUCAUGUUUUAAGAAUACUGGUUUUGAUCAGUGCACUCCCUUAAUAUCCAGGUUACCUGGUUUUGUGCUACUCAUGAUGCCCAUGGUGUAGAGUGUACUGAAAUGUCUGGUGGUAGGGGUGGGGGUGGGUGUAACACCUUUGGUCUGUCACUCCAAGCUUUGCCAAUGUAAUUAUCUAUGCGACUUUGUAUAACUGUACUGUGCUGUGUGUAAAAUGUGCCUAGGGGGUGAUUUGAGAUAUUCUUGUAACCUUGGUGACCGAGGAGAGAACUUCAUAUGAGUUGCAACGUUGACUGUCCUGUCUGUUCCAAACUUGUCAGUGUUUCAUGUGACUCCACAGGCAGGGAAAAAGAAACAUUUACAAUAAAAUAUUUACAAUUAUUAAAAUUUUCAAUGAAAAUAAA